UUUCUCAUCGUACUUUGAAUGAAUAUAAAACAUAUAGGGCGUCAAAAUUAAAACUAAACAUUCACGUAACGUAUUUUAAUUACAUACUUAUAUUCUAUCAUGUUAUUAACUAAUUAAUAUUGUUGUAAGACCUUGUUAUUAUCGCUAUUUGUGCCUGCAAAAAACGAUAAUCGUAUCCAAUCUGUGAUAAUGACAGCUGUCACUGUCAUUUAUCAUUUCUAAAUUUGUUAUGAUUUUUAUAAAAUGCUUUUGCGGGUGGCGGUGUCUUCUUUUCUUUUAAAAUAUCGUUGAGAAAGCAAGAAAAUUGCGAUUUUGCAAGAAACUCUUGGGUGGAGUACAUGUACACGAAAAGAUUAUGAAAAUUUCCUCACGCAACAAUGGGUGACGAAACUCCAGAAGAGCGCCAGGAAAAUGAAUAUGCGGCAUUGCAGGCGAUAUUUGGGGAGCUGGUAGAAGACAAGCGUUUGCCUUCAGUAUGGAAAGUUUGGAGACCCAAUGACUUCCUACUAACCCUGUAUCCGUUGCACAACUCAGCUAUGCCCGAUGUCCACUGUUCCAUCACGCUGCGUUUCAUUUGUUGCCAUAAUUAUCCAGAUAAGCCACCGAAAAUAGAAAUACAUAAACAGCAAGGGUUGUCUAAAGACAAUAGUAACAAGCUAUUGAAAGAAUUAGAAGGUAUAGCUUCUUCGAAAUGCGGUGAGGUUAUGAUCUUUGAACUGGCACAACAUGUACAGCAAUAUCUCCAUGACCGCAAUAAACCCACUCUCUCUAUGUAUGACGAGAUGGUCCUCAAGAACACUGAGAAAGAGAAGCUAAAACAACACAAUAUCGAGCUCAAGGAACAAGAAGAGAGGAAAAAAAUUAAAGAAGAGAUAUUAAAACGACAAGAGAUGCUGAGAUGUGCGGGCAAGCAAAGGAACCACAGGACCAGUUUGAGUCAGGACGAUAGCGUCGAUGGUCAUGGGGAUGCGCCCGAGUUGGUUUAUUACGCCGAUGAAAAUAUGUCCCCUGCUAAGAGAGUGAUCCGCAACAGACCUAAAGAAGUGGCUUGUACGUGCAACGCGAAAUGCGCGCACGUACUCAGGAUAACGCAGAAGAAUCAUAAGAAAAUUUAUAUAGGCAGCUGUUUGGGUCACUCUUCCAACGGUGCCACAAGCUACCUAGCUAUUGAAGAUGAAACCGGAGAGCCACUGAUAACCAAAAAGUGGUCUAUACCCACCACUGACUUCCAAACGUGGAAUCGUCUUUUGACAACAUUACAACACGAACUCAAAUCAAUGUGCCGCUUAAAAAAUACAAAUUUAGUGCCAUACGUUGCCAUGGAGACGUGCAAAGAAGGACAAAGUGGACGGACUGCUACUCAAUCGGUUUAUAUAUUUAGAAACUUCAUAUUAGGUAGCUCAUUGAAGUAUUUGUCAGAGAAGUGUAAAAAUAGUGAUAUGUAUGAGACUUUGAAGCUUAUUAGACAUGUAGGUACCGGUGUGUUUAGUGCUUUAACAGAGUUGCAUAGUGCAGAUAUAGUGCAUAAAGAUGUGAGGAGUGAAAAUGUUUUUUUGGACGCUUUCGGUGCGGUCAAGUUGGUCGGUGCCAGUUUGGACAGCUGGUUAGCGGAGACGCUGGACGGCGACCGUUAUUGUGAAAAGCAAACUCGAGCGCAAGAUAUAUAUGCGACGGGUCAACUGUUACUUUCGAUUUUGUGCCAAGAGAAAUCCACAAAUGAAAUACCCCCGGAGCUACCCAGCACUGCCAAAGACUUCUUCUCAAGGUGCCUUACAGAGGACGAGCACAGCCAAUGGUCGGCCGAGCAGCUGAUGAAUCAUGGGUUCCUGGUGGACGCGCCGGUGGAACUGAUCACCGGCAGGAAGAGGGACAACGGCAGCAGCAGCUCUGAUGACGAAGAUGCGGUGAAAAAGAUUAGCAGCUUAGGCAUCAACGGGCACUCGCGUUUGGCGGACGAGUUUGAAGUGCUGUCUUGGAUAGGCCAAGGCGCUUUUGGAGACGUUCUGAAGGUCAAAAACAAGCUGGACGGCGGUUUCUACGCGAUAAAACGAAUCAAACUUAACCCAGAGAACGUGCAUUUGAACAAGAAGAUCACUCGCGAAGUCAAACUGUUAUCUCGAUUGAACCACGAGAAUGUGGUCAGAUACUAUAACGCGUGGAUCGAGUCCAUAUCCCAGCCGAUAGAGGGCGACACCCCUGUCACUUGCCCCGAGAAAGUUACCAGGAAGAAACCCGAUAACCUGGAGGAUGUUGUGGCCAAGCUGGGACAAGAAGUAAAACUGGAGUGGUCCAUGUGUAACCCCUCUAAGUCCACACAGAAGACGCAUUCUUCAUCAGACAGCGAGGAAGAAGACGAAGACGAGGACGAGGCACCGCUGUUUAAUAUGAAUCCUGAAGAUGAAUCGAGUAGUGGCAUAGAAUUCGUUUAUGACUCAGAAGAUAAGUCUGAAACAAUAGCGUCGGAACCAGUAUCCGAAAGCAAAAGACCACCAUCCGUCAGGUUGAAUCAGGUUCUUUACAUCCAAAUGGAGUUCUGCGAGAAGAACACGCUUCGACAAGCCAUAGACAACGGCCUCUACAAAGAACACUACCGAGCCUGGAAACUCUUUAGAGAAAUAGUGGAAGGGUUAGCCCACGUUCACCAAAGAGGCAUGAUACAUAGAGAUCUGAAACCAGUGAAUAUUUUUUUGGAUUCCAACGACCACGUGAAAAUUGGAGAUUUUGGUCUCGCGACGAAAGCGUUUUCGGCUUUUGAUGAAAAAGUAAAGCCGGAAGAAAUCAGUGGUUCGUUGACUGGACAGGUUGGCACAGCACUAUACGUAGCUCCUGAGCUAUAUCAAGCCGGUACCAAGGGCAUGUACAAUCAGAAAGUGGACAUUUACUCCCUAGGGAUCAUCAUGUUUGAAAUGUUCCACCCACCUUUAGCCACGGCUAUGGAGAGAAUGUCGAUAUUAAAUAAUAUUAGAAGCAAGGAUAUUAUGAUGCCUGAAGAGUUCUUGAAAGAUGAGAAUACUAAGCAGAUACGCGUUAUAAGAUGGCUUCUAAGUCACGAUGCGAGUGUUCGGCCAACGUGCGCAGAGUUACUGAGCAGCGAGCAUAUACCUCGUCCGGUGCACGAGGGCACUCUGACUGGGCUGUUGUCUCAUGCGUUGAGUGAGAGAGGGAGUCGCGGAUACACCCGCCUCGUGGCCGCAUGCCUCGACCAACGAGUGUCACCCGCUGAAGAUUAUACAUACCACAAUGACGUGAGGAACGGAAACGAAUUGCUGGCAGCUGUUAAAGAUGUUGUUGUAAAGGUGUUCCGCAGUCACGGAGCAGAAGAGUUUUUCCCACCCCUCCUCACCCCCCGGGCUAAGGUGUGGGACCAGCACCCUAACGCGGUCAAACUAAUGACCGCUAGUGGUUCAGUUUGUCAUCUGCCACACGAUCUAAGACUGCCGUUUGCGAGGCACACGGCGUAUUCUGGAACGAAAUAUAUGAGAAGAUAUGUGGUUGAUAGAGUCUAUAGGGAGAAACACGUGUUAGGCUUUCAUCCGAAGGAGAUUGUAGAAUCUGGUUUUGAUAUCGUCAUGCCUGAUAAUGAUUCCCUCUGGCCAGACGCGGAACUACUAGUGGUAGCAAGUCGCGCAGCAUCCCAAUGUUCCUUAAACGUGACUAUACAACUCAACCACACGGCUUUGCUUGAAACAUUGCUAGUAUUCUGUGGAGUGCCUUUAGAUAAACAUGCUGAAAUACAUCCUAUUUUGGUGGACAGCAGUCUUGGUCGCAUCACAAAACUCCAACUUCAUACCCACUUAACGUCACUUUGUUUAACAAGCCAUGAUGUAUCCAAUCUCGGCAAACUGAUGGAGACAGACAUCCCGGUGCCCGAGCUGAAGGAGUUAAUAGGAGAAUGCAAGCUGUCCGGCAAGUGGGGGAGAGCGGCCACGCAAGCUGCGCACGCGCUGCAAGCUGUCUACAGGAACGCGCAGGCGUUAGGUUGCACCUGCCCAAUGACAGUGACGCCGUUCCUUGCGUACAACGUGGCUCAGAACAACGGCGUGUUCUGGCAAAUGUCUGUCGUGAGACAAACUGAUCACAAGCCGAAUAUCAAGAAACGUUCUGGGGAUUUAAUUGCGGCUGGUGGCAGAUAUGACGCUUUAGUCCAACAAUUUUGGGAGGUAGCCCGCACUAAGAUAGACCACGAAAACGCUGAAUUUAACUCAUCAUCGGUCGGUUUCUCCAUGUCCUUGGAUAGGAUGGCGGCUAUACUGAAGAAAAUGGACGAGGGAUUACCGGAUGUGAUCAAAAAUUACGAGCCCACCCUGAUUUGCGUGUGCGUACACGGCACCGCCGGCAGCGGCCGCGACGGCAUCGCAGCCGCCAAAAGGGCCGACCUGGCCAAGCAGCUGUGGGCGCUGGGCUACGGCUGCUGCGCGUGGAGCGCGCCGCCCGCCGAUGCGCACGAGCAGCGCGGCGCGGCCGCCGUGCUGUGGCAGGACGACGCGCGCGUGCGCAUCUCUAGCUGGGGGCCUGGGAGAGUGACUGAACACAAGUUACCAUUCCACGAAGUCAUAGAUUUUAUAAAACAGAAGUUCACACCGAUCACGCACAAAAACCGAGAAGUAUCCACCUCCCGAUCUGCAAGUUGGAGUGAUAAUGACAAGUCGAAUAAUCCAAAUAUAUCCGUCACUGUCAUCACGGCUGAUAGGCUGGCGAAGAACAGUAAGAGAUUUUUGGAAAGCCAGAUCGUAACCAUCGCUACCACAUACUUGGUUAGCCUGGGCCUGCAGCCCAUGCUGGGCCGCGUGCGUGCGCACGCGCUGGGGCUGUCGGCCCCGGCGGCCUGCGUGCGCGCGCUGGCCGCCGAACUAUCGCAGCCGCUGCACCAGUGCGAUCUGCCGCGCGCUUUCCAGCCAGUGAUCGAUGCGUUCGACGAAUACUACGAUGUUCUACAAGAAACAUUAAAAGAGCUGAUGUCAAUAACUAAACAGAGCAGCCAAAGUAGAUCUUCAGACGAAACGCAAUUUUACGUAUUAUAUUCUAUACCGGAUUCGGUAUGUCGAUUAAUUACUUAAUUAUGAAAAUAAUCUUGUUUCACUGCGACACCUAUUGAGCGCUUAGUCAGAGGCAUUUAUCGUUUAAAAAGUUAGUGAAUUAAGUAAUUUAACCACGGAGGUACAUACUUAUUGAAAGACACGCUCCAUUUUACUUUAAUUCAGAAAGAAAUUUUCUUUUAAUAAAAUCCGAAUUCGUGUUUCCAUUCCGGGUUUUUUUAAUAAUUAUUUUGUUUAGCUUUCAAUUCGUAUGUACUUAUGUGUGAUUUAAGCGAAACAGGUUUAAUGUGAAACAGAUCUUAUUAGUUGACUUUAGAAUUGAAAUUUAUUUCGAAUAAUCAAAUAUUACGUUUCCGCCUAAAAACGUCGGAACCACCGUAUGCUAACAAAUAAAGUAUUAUAGAAAUUGCUGGUCGUAUAAUCUCGAAAUUUUACGUUUUGCAAAAGCACAAUAUAUGUUAUUGUAAAUGUGUUGAAAUAACUCAAUUGAUUUUCAUAAUAUUUCUACCUCGAAUAAUAUAUAAAUGUUUGUAUGAUCUGCGUAUUGCUGAAUUUCAUAAUAAAUUUAAUUAACAGACACUUUCUUAAGAAGAAUCUGAAUUAUACUAUUGCCUGUAAGCGCUAAAUGUAUAUCAUGGAAUUUAUAAAUAUUGACUAUUUACUUCACCAGAUGUUGCUAUUACGGUAUGGGCAUGAGCAAAACUGUAAAAGUUACAUUAAAAAUAGAUGUUUUUAACCUCUAAAAUCAAGUGAAACAACUAGUAUUAUACAUGUAAGUAUUUAAACUAUUUUAAUUGGGGUAAGUAUAUAUCAAGUGAUCUUGUUGGUAAAACGGCCCGUGCUACAGUGGCGCCAUCUUGGUGAAAUAAAGUUAUAUGAGGGUAGUUUGAAGAACAGAGGUGAAAUGUUAACCAAGGCUACCAAAACUUGUAUUGUCACUUGCUGACUUCAUAAUUAUUAUUCAAAGAUAUAAUAGGAUCUGAAACUUACAGCCAACAAAGCGAAAAAAUGAUGUAAUUGAGAAAGAAAGUGCAUACCUCUUUGAAAUUUAAUGCAAUGUUAUGUGAAUUUUACAAAAGACAUGAAUAAAUAUAUUUUUGAUACUUUAUUUUUCAAGAUAAAGAUCUGGAAUGUUGAUUUUAUAAAAAUAAUUUGUAAUUAAUCGACUAAGGUAUAACUUCGGUAUACCGCUGUAUUUGUUAAGCGUAAACUUAUAUUAUGAUGUUAUUAUUGUACAAAUUUAGUUAUGUACUACGUAUUU